ACAGCAGUCACCUGUUUGGGAAGUACUCAUACAGGUGUCAACAUUAUUUUAUACAUAACUUGUUGAAUGGAUUGAUAAUGAACUUGAGGAUUACAUUGUUUGUUUUUACAUUUUAAUUAAUUUGAAGUCAAAAAAACUGAAAAUGAACGUGAUGCACUCCAUCAUUUUUGGAUACGUCUUCAUUGCAGCUUUUAUAAUGGAACAAUGUGUGUUCCAAGCCAUUUCAAACUCCUCAACCCAGACUGAGGAGAGCCUGCCUGGCAAUUUCAUAGGGUUUGACUCAGCCCCUGACAAAGUGGCAAAUGGCUCAGUGGUCCGUGUGCGGUAUCAAUGCUCCAGGCCAUGUCAGCUUGCAGUGGAGGUGGUAGUGUCCACAUUAAGGGAGACAAAUUUAGUGGUCUUCAGAAGAAAAUGGAUCAGCAACACCGCUCGAGACUACAGGAUCCACCAGGUGCUGCUCAGAUUGCCUCCGUCUGUUUUAUAUCAACAAGACUUUUUCAACAGGCACGUUUUGGACACCCAAAAUGUGACAGUUUGUGCUUGGUUAGGCCAUCGUUAUGAAGGCAGUGGACCUGGGACAUACCAUGGCUCCAUGUUGAGGAUUUAUAAAGUGCUGCAGAUAAAACCACUCUCAGAGCGUCCAACUAAACCGACCACUGCUUCCCCUUCGUGGUCUGCUCAACUGAUGUGGCAGAUGAGCAGAAACAGAGUUCAAUAUUGUCCAUACGAGUCAGCUACAAUCAAUAUGCUAGAGUUUCCACUGGCAAGUUCUGGUGAGCAUUUUGGAGUGGUCCGCAGGUUCCAGCCUUUUAUCGACAGAUCCCUGGAGAGAGCUCGUCGUCAUGCUGUGACACAGCCCAGCGUCACCUUAUCUGUGUGGAUCUACCUACUGAAAUGGUGUCACUCGAAACUCUGUGGGAUCAUCCAUCAUGUCGAUGGCAACAAUUUAUACGAGUCCAUUCUGAUGCAGCUUACAGACACAGGGAACGUCAUAAUUCAGGCACGUCUGACAACAGGAGAAGAUGAAGCUUUCCAAUCCCGUGUAGUGUUGCCCCUGUGGAAAUGGAUUAGAUUAGAUUGUUACAUACAGAACUCAAAGGUGGUGCUGGAUGAAACGUGGGAUGAUAAAACCAUCAAAGCUGUUUACAAUUUUCAGGAGAAUAUCCGUUAUGAUGACACUGAUGGAUACUUUGUGAUCGGAGGAAGCAAGUACAUGCCAGGCAUCCAUGGAUAUUUUGGGCCAAUGAAAUACUAUCGCUUUGGAACUAAAGAGGUAAGAAAUCAACUUGACCCAGAGUCAGCAUUACAGGAGCUGGAUAAGACUCAUCAGGAGUGUUGGGAAAUAAAAGCAUUAACAAGAGCUUUCCUCCAGCAAGUAACCGAGAGUCACCUCCCGACACCAAUCAACAAAGGUGUCUGCACUCCUCACUUCGUCAGACUGUCGGGUCAGUUUGGAGAGAAUAUCUGCACUCAGACGUGGACCUGGGAAAAACAACUUGAUUACAGCACACUUUUUAAUUUCCUGCAAACAAAAGAGGAAGAAAUUAGAACAGGAUCUUUGGGCAUGAAGGAGCUCAGGAGUACUUUGUUUGAGCAGGCAGUUAAUACAAUGUUCACAGUAGAUCAGGCACAACAUAAAAUCACAUCCACAUCAACAGCUCUACUACAAAUAUCCUCCUGCUUUGGAAACCACAAAGCAUCUCUCCUGUUGGCCACUAUCUACCUCUCUGGCCUGGGACAGUCAGUAAAUCGACGACAGGGUCAUGUCUAUAGUUUGAUUGGCGCAGCGGGUGAUAACCGUUUCGCCCUGAUGCAUGCAGGCUACAAGCACGCACAAGGAAUUGAUGGAUUUCCAAAAGACUUGGACAUGGCUUACGGCUACUUAUCCAACAUUGGUGCACAGACAAACGCUGACAGUUCCAGGAGACAUGAAAAUAAGCAAUACACCCCCGAACGCAUCUAUCUGAGCAAUGAAGACUUUUUAAGGACCCUCACAGAGGGGACAGGUGACGUCAUUGAGUAUCUGAAAUUUCAAGCUGAGAGAGGAGACGUGGAAUCUCAGAAACACCUGGGAGAGAUUCUUUACUGGGGACAACUUGGACUUUUAAAAGACACAGCGAGUGCGACGAAGUGGUUAGAGAAAGGUGCUAUGCAGAUGGAGGAUCCCUCAGUGAUGUACGACUACGCCAUCCUACUCAUGAAGGGCCAGGGAGUUAAAAGAAACUACACCCGAGGUUUUCAGCUGCUGGAGAGAGCUGCAGCGAUGGGUUCAAUUAACGCCUUGAAUGGUUUGGGCUGGUACCACGGGAUUAUACUGAAAGACUAUAAAAACGCUGUGAAAUACUUUAAACAAGCUGCUCUGAAUGGGAGUGACGAUGCCAUGUUUAACCUGGGAAUUUAUCACCUGAGUGGGGACAACCCGGACAUGCCGUGGAGGAACGAGACGGCUGCGUUCCAGCAGUUUCUAAAUGCAUCUCGGCUGGGUCACAUAGCUGCAUCAGUGGAAGCAGCUUGGUACCUUUCGACGGGAAGCCUGGAAGGGGUGUCUCAGGAUGUGGAGAGGGCUGUGAUAAUGCUAAAAAAGGUCUGUGAACAGAACGGACACCUUGGAUUUAUGAUCAAAGAGGCUCUCCAGGCCUACCUCCGGGGAUCUUGGAAGGAGGCAUUUGUGAAGUAUGUUUUGGCAGCUGAAACUGGUCUGGGUUUCGCCCAGAGCAAUGUUGCGCACCUAUGUGAGGAGCUGAAUCUCAGCCAUGACUGUCAGUGGAGAUAUCAUAACUACUCAAUAUUAAACUAUGAUCCCCAUCCGUCCGCUCUGCUGAAAAUGGGUGACUACUACUACAGUUCCUCCAGCAUGCGAGAGGACUCAUUAUCUUUGGUUGGUCAGGCUAUAUCGAUGUAUGGCAGAGCAGCUCUAGCAGGCAGCCCUCAGGGAAUGUACAACUUAGUCGUUCUGGCACAACAAGGGCAUCGUCUUCCGUCGAGCAUCCACGGCUUGUUUAAUGUGUCGCAUCGUGAUGAGCAGGACGUCGUGGUGGAGAAGAUUCUACAAAGAUGUCUGGAGAAGGAGGAUGAAGAAGCAGUAACACCCUGUUCUUUAGCUCUGCUCGGAGUUCGGAUGGGAAAAGCCUUGAGGAGAAUGACUCAGAACAGUGCUCAGCUCCUCUUGACGUAUGCAUCUCUUCUCUCUGUCCUCAUCAUUACGGUCAUCUUGCCAUUGCAGAGCUUUCUUGAACAAAGGGUUCCCCAUCACCGUGCGGUUGCACUGAGGUCAAGGACAUCAUCUCAUGUCGGCCAAGAUGGUGUCAACUUGAAUAGAGAGCAAGAUGGCAUCAUGGGAGGAACCUUGAGAGUGGCGGGGAAUCAAUGGCUUACCAUCCUGAAUGGCGAGCAGUGGCUCCGGCAGACAGGAGAUUUGGCCGUGACUCUGUCGGGUGUGUGCCUGUGUGCUUUCUGGACCACACUCCUCUAUCAUCUCUUAUGACAUAAAAUACCCAGCACAGUGAUCCAAUAGCCACAGCAAAAGCCUCAGACACUACAUAUUGUAAGAGCAUACAUUUAGAGGAUGAGCUGGAGCUAUUCAUGUGACAUAUUUGUGUUUCGGAGGCGUGUGACUCAUUUUAAGUUACAGGAAGGAAAGAAGUGCUGAUGUGCAGAGUGUGCGCUGCUUUAUCACAGCCAUGAUAAUGUUUCCUCAGUAACUGCUUUCCCAUUGUUUUGUUUGUGGAAAAUGAAAAAAACUUAUCAUGCGCUACAUUUAAUUAGCGCGACACACAGUUUAUAUGAUCUUGUUGUCGUGGCUUCUGUUUUGCAACGUGUACGUCCAGUAAAGCAUGUAUAAACACUUGA